AUGUCCUUUUCUACUACUUUGUUAGAGCCAUCCUUUAGUGAAAAUUUAGCCUCUUGCUUUAUUGACUGUAAUUUAACGCAUUGCCAAGGUAAUAGUGUAUUGUCUGUUCUAAAAACACAUACGUGCUUCUCUAAUUUGCCAAAAGAUGUUAGAACUCUUUUAAACACACCAAGGCAUCGUGUUGUAUAUGAUAUCGAACCAGGACAAUAUUUACAUUUUAACGUGGAAGUAGCAAUUGUUAAAAAUCUCUCUAACGCUUUAUUUGUAUCUCUUAUUAGAGAAUUAGAACUCGAUUUCAGUACUGAUGGAUGUUUAUUAGAUAAAUCAGGUACUAUUCAAAUUUGGCCAAUUCAAUGCAGAAUAUCAAAUGUGAAAGAUAUAAAACCAAUAGUUGUAGGAAUUUAUAAAGGUGCACAAAAAUCUAAUAAUGCUAAUGUUUUCUUUCAAAAAUUCAUUACCGAUGUAAAAUCAAUUCUAUCCAAUGGAGGUGUUAAUUUUCGUGGCAAUUUAAUACCAGUGAGAUUAAGGUCGUUUAUAGCUGAUGCACCUGCUCGUGCUUUUAUUUUAAAUCACCGUCUCAUGUCUCAACACCCAUGUUCCAAGUGCAAAGUACGAGGCACACUAAUAAUGGUCAUUAUGUAUUCAAUGGUGUGA